UACUCUAAACAGUGUAGUCAGACUGCAAAUUUCAAAUUGUGGUCUCAACUUGUUUUUGUUUCUGUUUUUAAAAAAAUAUAUUAUUUGAAAUACAUCUGUGCAAUUUUCUAUUGCAAUCAUUAUAUUUACAUAUACAAAAUAUUGUGAAAAAUCUUAAAAAUCUAUUGCAAUAUUUAAAAUAUUUAUUUCAUGCCGUAAAAUAAAAAGUUACUUUUAAAUUUUACUAUAAUUUCGAGGCGUGGCUAAAAGACCAGUUUUUUAAAUUUUAAAUCGUAUGCAUUUCAAUUAAUCUGUUUGCAGUUACUAGUACAAACGGCAAAAAGCACAUCAAAACUUUAAAGUUCGUUUUUGUUUAACUGCGGUUUCUGUGCUUGGAAUAUUAAUUAAAGUUGAAUGUGAAGUUUAGAAAAGAUGACCUGGCACCACAUUUGCACAGGAAACAGGUUGUUUAUCAUAUUUUUAGUGGUUUCCUCAGUUUGUAUAAUGAAUACCAAAGCAAAAACCGGGCCCAUGCAUGGAAAAAAUGUAGUUUGUUACAUUUCAACGUGGGCCGUUUAUCGUCCUGGUCAAGGUGCUUAUUCUAUAGAUAAUUUCGAUCCCAGUCUUUGUACCCAUGUUGUGUAUGCCUUUGCUGGUCUCGAUCCCCAACAAGCGGCCAUUAAGUCUUUGGAUCCUUGGCAAGAUUUAAAAGAAGAAUAUGGCAAAGGCGGCUAUGAACGUUUAACGGGUCUCAAGCGCACUCAUCCCCAUCUAAAAGUUAGUUUAGCCAUUGGUGGCUGGAAUGAAGGCUCCAAAAACUAUUCAAACAUGGUAGCCGAUCCCAUUUCAAGAGGGAAAUUCGUAAAACAAGUCACCUCUUUUAUACGAAAAUACAAUUUUGAUGGCCUCGAUUUAGAUUGGGAAUAUCCCACACAACGUGGUGGUGCACCUCAUGAUCGUGAGAAUUUUGUUUUACUUUGCAAGGAAUUGCGGGAACAAUUUAAUCCCCAUGGUCUAUUGCUCACUUCUGCCAUUGGAGCUUCGAAAAAAGUCAUAGAUGAGGCGUAUAAUGUGCGACAGAUUUCUCUUUAUUUGGAUUUCUUGCACAUUAUGUGUUAUGAUUAUCAUGGCAGUUGGGAUCGAAAAAUAGGUUAUAAUGCUCCUCUAACAGCACCAAAUGGUGAUGUACUGAGUGUGCAAUACACAAUUGAUUACUUGUUGAAAUUGGGAGCUCCUGCUGAGAAAAUUGUUAUGGGUGUUCCCUUCUAUGGUCGUACAUUUAGAACUCCUUUAGAUGGAAAUCUCGACGACGACACUGAUGGUACUGCUUUCCAAGGACCCUUUACGCGAGAAGACGGCUUCUUGGGCUACAAUGAAAUUUGCAGAAUUUUAAGUAAUAAAACCUCAGGUUGGACUACGAUGUGGGAUCCCGAAACAUCACAAGCUUUAGCACGUUCCGAAAAAGAUGUUUUUACUGGUCUUAUAGAAGUUGUUACUUUCGAUAACUCUCGCUCCAUAGCAAACAAAGUCAAAUUUGCAAUUGAAAGAAAACUAGGCGGUAUUAUGGUGUGGUCUAUUGAUACCGACGACUUUUUGGGAGAGUGCGAAACUGAAACCGACAUAUAUGAAGACUUCAGACACUUUAAACAUUUAGAUCUGGCCAUGCCUCAUCGUCUAAGUAAUAAUUAUCCUCUAUUAAGAACAAUUAAUGAAGCAGUGCCUUUAGCUAUAGAAGAAACUAAGCAUAAACAUGAUCAUCCUCUUCAUCCUGACCGUGACGAGGAUCAAGAACCAAAUAUAGAAGAUAAUGAAAUACCACAUGGCUCGGUUGAGGAUCAUAAGGGAGAUAGUAAUGGAGCUUGUAGUAAUAACUUAUUAUAUCCAUUUUAUAUUACCGUUGUAUUUGGACUUCUGUCAUUAGUUUUAUGAAAAAAAUGCAACUAUAAAAAAUUUGCUCAACUAUUAUAAUUAAUUAGAAAUCGUAAGAAUAAAACUUUCUGUUUAGUUUGUUUUCAAAAUUUUAUAAAAAUAUGUAUAAAAUAAGAAUUAAAAAUUGUAUUAAAUAAAAUAUAGAAACACACCAAAAUUCUAACCA